CUCCCAUGAUGGUAUCAUAUGUCAAAUGAAUAAUCAUUACCGAACAGAUGUUAUUUAGAUAAAACAUACUUUUUAGUUCAUUAACAAAAAUAUAUUGAAAAAAAAAAUGUGAAAUUUGCUGUUCUUAAAAUUUUAUUAUUUUUUUUUUUUUUACAAAUCUUUAAAGUACCUCGAAAAUGGUCGAGUUAGACGAAUUAAUAGGGAUUUGUGGUACCUGCGGAGGCAUCAAGAAGAAGAAGAAGGACCGCCAACAAUGCGGCGAGGAGAAGAAGAAGAGGGCUCAGAGCAAUUCUUGCGUGAGGAGGAAGAAGAGGUCUGUGUCAAAGAGCAGUUCUUGCGUUAGAAAGAAGGUCAAGAAGAACAAGGAAUGUAGGAGCGAGAAGAAGCCGCGUUGCAGGGUGGUACCGAAAAGACGGAAGAGGGAUCCUUGCAAGAAGAUAAGUAGGUGUACCACGGCUUCAUCCACCAUCUACUUCAGCCCUUAGGUAUAUCAUUUUGUCCUUGAGUUUUGUCCAACCAAUAAAAAACAAAUUAAGUAUU